AUGUUGCGCAAGUUAUAUGAUGAAGAAGACAUUAAGGAGGAAGAGGAAAUUGAAGAAGUGGAGGAAGAAGAUUUCGGUCCCAUCUAUGAAACCGAUGGGGAAGAGGAAUUUGUUGAAAGAAUUAAUUUAGUGACUGGAGAAGAAAUUGUUGAACACUCUAACCCUUUCUAUGCCACUGAUGGGGAAGACGACCAUGAAGAAAUUGAAGAAGAAAUAAAUUUCGUGGUUGGAAACAAAAUUGUUGAAACAACUGUGAAAGAAAUCGAUUUUAUUGUUACCAACAAAAUUGUUGAAGAAAAGGUUGAAGAAUCCAAAAAGGUGGAGCAGGUUCUUGACCAUGAAGAUGUGGUUGUGGUUAAGAAGGAUGAUGAUACUCGUCUUAUAACAAACUGUCUUUCUAAGAACCUGGAAGAAGGAGUGACCCAUCAAGUUCCAAGUUCCAAGCAAUUAUGA